AUGAACACUGUCAGACGGCUACACAAGUCGACGGCCGCUUCAAAAUGGGUUCGGAUUCUUUGGUGGCCUAGGUUUGAGCGAUGGCAAGAUCUGGAGAAAGGAACCAGGGAACGAAAGGAUGAAGACACAGCAAUCCAGAACUAUUAUCGUUUAUCAGACGACUAUUACAUUAGUCCAGAAAAAAGAGAAGACGGUAAGAGAAUAUCCCGUGAUUACGUCGCUUUUAGCGUUACCUGUGAAACAAUUCGAAGAUCAAACCAGGAAAGACCAAAAUGCACCAUCUUUGAAGACUUUGACUGAUCAUACGACACUGCGGUACGUGGACCACUCUUACGACAAUAUCAGACGUGUGAAAAGAUACGAAGCCCUACAGAUACGACAGUACGAUCAGAGGUUUGUUUUAAUUUUUUAAAAGAAGUUCAGUUAAGUCAACCUUUGAAAGCGUCUUUUCUUUUACAAGUUUAAUAAUAUAUUGUUCUUAGGUUUAUUGCCGAACGUCUUCUCUUUCUUGGACCAGAUUUGGCAGCAGCUCACUUUCUUGUUCACCGAGAUAUUGCUAUCAAGUUUGUUGGAGAUGACAACUGGUAUAAAAGGAGCAAAUGGGGCACUUACUCAUUGCCUGGACGACAAGUACCUGGUCUUUAUAUUGAAGCGAUUGAUGCCUCAGGCUCUAAGUUAAUGUACGAAGGUGGGUUUUGCAUACAUAGUGUUUUCGUUAAAGGUAUCUAUGAAUGAUUUAUUUUAAAGUUACAAAUUUUUAUUUUUUGGUCACAUUAAUUAAAGUUUUGUUUUUAGGAUUCGAAAACCUAUAUGACCUAAAGCAUCUUCGGAUGUUGAGAUUGGCUAACUGUGAGUACAUUGAUGACUGGGCCUUGAGCCGAGUUGGUGGAGUGUGUGGAUCAACGUUGGAGUUCCUAGACCUCAGUGGCUGCAAAAACAUAACACACAAGGGAUUAGCAGCACUCAGAACAGCCAGAAACCUAAAACAUUUGAGGCUGGAUGGAUUAGAUCAUGUCGAUCAGUUGGGGAAAACGGUUUUAAUGCUGGAAGAGAUGAUUCCUGGACUCAGCGUGAGCGGAGUCAACUACGAGAAAGAGUUGGAACGGUUGGAAUGGGAGAACAGGCUCAAGAGUGAUGAUAGAGCAGUGAUAGACGCCAAAGGGAACGUGUUCAUAGAAGACGACAAUGGUGAACUCUUCUACGUCAAGGGAAAGAUAUCGGAGAAGGCUACGGUGAACGACGACGAUCAGCCGAUAGCUACAUCUACUAUAAGAAGACAGGUCCCCGAGAUGAGUGAGGUCGAGUUCGAGAGGCUUGACCAGCUUUCUCAAGGUAGAUUGCGACAUCUUCUAAUUGGCUCUCCUAGUGGAUACAUGUGGUCUGACCAGGUGGAGACCAUAUUGCAACAUGAACAUAAGCUGAAUCUUAAGGAUGGUGUGGAGACAGACCCUAAAAUGUUGCCUAAAGAAGAACGGCGGAAGAGGUUACUGUCUUACGGUGUAGAUAUAGACAUGUUGUUAGAGGAGGAGAAGAAGCAUCUGCUCAUAAAUGACACGGAAGAGAGGACAAAAGAAGCUCAAGCCCAUUAG